GUACAGCUCAAUAAGCAAUGCGCGCGCACACUAAACGUCCCCUUUUUAUUUACGUCAUUUCCGGCUUCCUUUCUGGCGUCCAUCUUCCUUCCCGCAUGUGUCUGCUGUUAGUUUACAGAUGAAAGAGACUAUAAUGAAUCAGGAGAAAUUAGCAAAAUUGCAGGCGCAGGUCCGCAUUGGAGGAAAGGGGAGCGCUCGGCGAAAGAAGAAGGUGGUGCACCGGACGGCCACGGCGGACGACAAGAAGCUGCAGUUCUCCUUGAAGAAGCUCGGCGUCAACAACAUCUCCGGCAUCGAGGAGGUGAACAUGUUCACCAACCAGGGCACGGUGAUCCACUUCAACAACCCCAAAGUGCAGGCGUCGCUGGCCGCCAACACCUUCACGGUGACGGGCCACGCCGAGACCAAGCAGCUCACCGAGAUGCUGCCCGGCAUCCUCAACCAGCUCGGCGCCGACAGCCUCACCAGCCUCAGGAGGCUCGCCGAGGCCUUGCCGCGACAAGCCACAGAUGGGAAAGCGCCCAUCGCCACCGUAGAAGAAGACGACGACGAAGUACCAGACUUGGUGGAGAACUUUGACGAGGCUUCCAAGGACGAAGCAAACUAGAGGACCAAGCGACGAUUGUGUAAAAUAAUUUUCCUCCGUGUUAUUGUUCAUACGUGGCCUCCGUACAAAAACAAAUUGCCAUGUGUGCAAUUUAAAAAGCGUAGCUGCUGUCAAUCAUGUGCAACUUUUUUUUUCUUUUUUUAAACUGAAACACGCAGACUUCCGGUAAAAAUCGUUUUUUUACAUUUUAGUCUGCUUGUCCUUGCGAUCAUCUUAAAGGUGGGAGAAUAAAAGAAAGAUGGAGUGGAAAUUA